AUGAAUCCACUAGCAUUAUCUCUCAUCUUGUGCACCAUUGCUGCAACUCACUGCGCAAUCAUCAUCCCCCAAAACCACAAUGCCAAUCUGAUACAACAAACAUGCAAAAAAACUCCAAAAUACGCAACUUGCAUUAAAACCCUCGAAUCCGAUCCACGAAGCUCCGAUGUGAAUCUACAAGAUCUUGCAGUCAUCUCGCUGACCAGCAUCGGCCCGGCGCUGAACACUGCCCUAACCCAAAUCACUGAUUUGGUUAAGGUGAAUCGAGAACCUGCUCAAACUGAGGCUUUGAAUUCGUGUGCUGAGAGAUACAGUGCAAUUUUGGUAGGUGAUUUGCCAAAAUCUAUUGCUGCUUUGAAACUAGGAGAUCCUAAACUUGCUGAAGAGGGUGCAAAUGAUGCUGCGGUUGAAGCUAGUUCUUGUGAGAAUGGAUUCAAUGGAAAAUCACCACUCACUGAUGAGAAUGCUGAUAUAUAUGAUGCAGCAAUCAUAGCAGCAGCCAUUGUUAAACAAUUGCUCUAG